AUGGCACGGAGCAAGAAGGCAAUCAAAGACGACGUACGCCGCAAGUCGGUGCCAUGGGAAUCCGACCGCGUGUCACCCGACUCUCCAUCGUCUAUGGAGGUCCUCAUGACGUGGCUCACGACACCCAGCAACGCCGAACGUUGGCGUCGAGAGAAGCGCAAGGAGCUGAUCAAAGAGAUUAUCCAAGUGCUAGCGGCCAACGGUAUCCAGCACCGGGCGGUGGGCGACGUGCACUCCCGGAUCUGGUUUAUGGAGAAGCAAUUUACAUCUGCUAGCGCAUUCUUAACCCGGAAGAACCAGCUGGACUCGUUUCAACGGGGGGAGACGGAUCCGGAGGUGUCCAAGGAGGUGCUUAAGCUCUGCCCGCAAUAUCAAGAGCUGGUGGCAUUUUUUGGGGGAAACAAGGCUGGAAAGAAGACGCAAGUAACGCCGAAGAGUACUGCUAAUGGGGCUGCUACUAGUGGAGCGAAGGGUCCAGUAGCUGCGAGCAGCAGCGUGAGUGCCGCAGGGGAGUGGAAAAAGAAUCUGGAGAAGGACCGACGUAAAGCUACGAGUGAGACUACGAAUGCUAAUGGCCAAGGGGAGAAGGUAAUGGACAUAUCGGAUGUGGUCAGUAGUGGAGAGAAAGGAAGUGUACAGAAGGAGAAAUUGGCAACAAAGAAGAAGAAGAGAAUUGGGGACGAGAAGGCUGAGGAUAAGAAGGCGAGCGGCGCCGAUGCUGCAGCUAGCAAGAAAUCCGCUACUGUGGCCAAAAAUCAGCAGAAAACUGUUGAUGUGAAGAAGGGUGCAGCAAUUGUGGGCAAGAACAAACCCAGUGGUGCUGGCCAACAGAAGAAUGAUGAUGUUGGCAAGCAGGCAGAAAAUAUUGUUGUGGAAGAAGAGGAAGACGGUGUUCUUGCAGAUGUUGAAGACGGUCAUAGCGAUGUUAAUGAGAAUAAGCAGAGCGACAGUGAGGAAGAGAGCGCAAAAAGCGAAGGUGGCGAGGAAGAGACCGACACCAUUACAGAGCAAGCCGAAGCGCAUGCUGAAGGUGAAAGCUCUGAGGAGGAGAAACCACAGAAGCGUAUUACUGUGCGAACUGGAGUGAGAAGUCCUUUCAGAACGAAGCCGCAGCACAUCGAAUCGGGAAGCAGUAGUUCCGAGGAAGAAGAAAGCGGCAAAAGUGAGAGCGACAGCGAGAAAGAAGAUGGCGAUGGAGAAGAGCGAAUUCCGUUGGCUCAACCCGACGAGGUUGACUCAACACCUGGAGGUGAAGACGGCGAGCAGGCUGAGCAAAUCGACGACGACGAUGACGAGGAGAAUGACCAAGAGAGCAAAGCGGACGAAUCGGAGGAAACUGAGGAUGAGGAGGAAGCAGAGGAAGAACCGACACUCGACAGAUCUCCAAAGGCAGCAGACCCAAGUGACGAUUCUGACAGUAAUUCUUCAAGCGAGAACGAGGCUGAGUCGGAGGAAGAAACACCUCCUACUCAGUUAAAAACACCUUCAGAUCAGGAAGAAGAGUCUGAUGAAGAGGAGCUUAAUGCAGAGGACAACGAAGACGAUGUCGAUAUGGAGAAAGACGUCGAGAAGUCUGUCGGACAGAGCGAGUUGGACUCCGAAAAGCAGGUCGAUGAGACCGAGCCUGAAGUUGAAUCUUCUACUCUGAAACGCAGCAUUUCUAGCCAGGCACCUAUCUCUCCUAGAGGGAAUAAGCGCUCUCGGACAGACGGUGGUUCCAAUAGCGUUACCAGGGACCUUGAACGCGAGGCGUUUAUCGAGCGUGCAAAGCAGGAACGAGAGCAGCGCGACGAGCUGUUCAAAAUUGAGCGUGCCAAGCUCGAGUGCGAGUUACAAGCAAAGCAAGUGCAGCUAGCGAUGGAUCGAUCUCUCGCCCGCAAGAAGCUGUUAGGGGCCGGCAUAGAUCCUGCUGAGGUCGACCGCGUGCUGCCACUGCAUAAGUUGAUGUAA